AAGAACCAAAGAUAUUAAGGGGGCGCUACGCACACAUAGAAUUCUUAGUGGCUGUCCACUGAUAAGAGAAGAAAAACUAACAAGAUGGCGGAACGUGGCUACAGUUUCUCUCUCACCACAUUCAGUCCCUCUGGAAAACUGGUUCAGAUUGAGUAUGCUCUCGCAGCAGUAGCAGCCGGUGCUCCAUCAGUUGGUAUUAAAGCUACAAAUGGAGUGGUUCUUGCAACAGAGAAGAAACAGAAGUCCAUCCUGUAUGAUGAACAGAGUGUCCACAAAGUGGAGCCCAUCACUAAGCACAUAGGAAUGGUCUACAGUGGCAUGGGCCCUGAUUACAGGGUCCUGGUGCGAAGAGCUCGGAAGUUGGCACAGCAAUACUUCCUUGUUUACCAGGAGCCAAUUCCCACAGGUCAACUUGUCCAGAGAGUGGCCUCUGUGAUGCAGGAGUAUACACAAUCUGGUGGUGUUCGUCCAUUUGGUGUAUCAUUGCUGAUAGCUGGUUGGGAUGAAGACCAGCCCUACCUAUUCCAGUCAGACCCCUCCGGUGCAUAUUUUGCUUGGAAAGCCACAGCCAUGGGAAAGAACUAUGUUAAUGGAAAAACAUUCCUUGAGAAACGGUAUAACAAUGAUCUGGAGUUGGAAGAUGCCAUCCACACAGCAAUUUUGACAUUGAAGGAGAGUUUUGAGGGUCAGAUGACAGAGGAGAACAUUGAAGUGGGAAUCUGUAAUGAGGCAGGCUUCAAAAGACUCACCCCAGCAGAGGUGAAAGACUACCUGGCUGCUAUUGCGUAGACAGACCCUGUGUGGUGACUAGACUUCAAGACCACGUUUCAUGACAAAGGCUUUGCAGUGCAAUCUCCAGCUGUCACAUGACAAAUGCCUACAUAAUCCAUUAAUUUCACUAAAUGUGUUACUAAACAGCAGCAUUUUGACAAAUCAGGUUUCUGAGAGGUUAAUUUACUGCUGAUAAUAAACCCCGCUUCAUUGACCAAUUUUGUUGCUUAUUUGAAAGAUGCAAAUUACAAACUUUUAGCAUUUGAAAUGUGACAGUUGAGUGAUUCUUAUACAAAAAGAGAUGUGGGUUCCUCACAUGUCUCAUAUCUUCCACUGAAUCCUCUCACAUUUUCAGCUUUCUCAUUACCAUUUCAUAACAGCAUUUGCUUGUGGUUAACACGCAGACAACCAAAAAAUGACUAACUGGACACAUUAAUUUGGUACAAAAAUAUAAACGUAAUCAUGCUCUAGAUGAUAUUGGAGAAAACCACGAUGUCAUAGUGAAGACAAGUAAAAUGUGAAAGGAUACAGUGGAACAUGAAAUCUUGUUGUCAGGAUCUGGUUGUCUGUACAGCAGUUUUUUCACAAUGUAAUCUUUUUUUCACCCUAGACACAAUUCUAGAAUUUGUAUUUUCUCUCCUGUGACCUGUUGCAUUUAAAUAAAAGAUGAUGGGUUCAUUCA